UUCGGUUUUGACUGCUUCAUUGAAAACACACCGAAACAUAACAAAUUGAGUGGUGACUGAAGGCGAUUACAAUUCAGGAUGAUAUCACAGUAUAUGGAAGAGUUGGAGCAGGAUCCAUUCGAUGUGGCCGAAUUUAUAGAGCGAUUAACCUGGCGAACGAACAAUGAAGUGGGCAGUGAUCAAUUCGAUUCGGAAUUUUUGCAUGACACAUUUUCGCAAACAAUCAAAGAUUUAAAGGUGUUGCAAGAGCGUCAGCAACGGAAAUGCGAACGAUUAGAGGAGAUUUUGCGUGAUGAACAGACAAUACAUGCAAAGAAUAUCGAAAAACUGCAGGAAAGGCAUCAAACAUCGGUCGAAUGGUUUCAUCAACUGGAUGAGAAGAUAAACUCAGUCGCAGGCAAAAUUAUUCAUUUGGGAGAGCAGCUAGAGAAUGUGAACACGCCACGAAGUCGAACGGUCGAAGCGCAACGUCUUCUGAACCAUAUGAGAGAGUUUUUGGUUCGUGGACCGAUCGUAAAUGAUUUGUUCAGUGAUAAGACUCGACUGUACGAAGCGGCCGAUGUUAUACAAAAGCUAUAUACAAUUGCCCAAGAUUUGCCCGCCGAUAAGUUUAGCGAGGCAAAGAAGAAAAUUGAAAUGAAAUAUGAUGAGAUCGAACGGAAUUUGAUCGAUGAAUUUGCAGCGGCUCAGAAACAGGAGAAUAUUGACAAAAUGAAAACGCUAGCGUCGAUUCUGUCCCAGUUCAAAGGCUAUUCACAAUGCAUCGAUGCGUACAUUGAACAAAGUCAAAUGACAACGUACGGUGAAAAGAGCCUAUUUGCGCAGAUUUUACCAAUGUGUCGCCAUCAUUAUUCGGUUAUAAAACGUGUGUUUAGUAGUCCAGAUCAAGUCAUGUCGAAGUUCAUUCUGAAUAUUUAUCAUUUGAAAUUGUUUCAAUUCGCCCAAACCAAGUUGGAAGAUCGUCGAGACGAUGAUAGAUACCUACGCACCCUAUACGAUUUAUACUCACAAACCCGAAGAGUUAGCACCGAUUUGGCUGAAUUUGAAAUUGGCAUGGACGAUAAUUUGCUAACAAAACUUACUACUAACAUUUUUGUACAACAUUUGGCGACCUACAUCGAGGUAGAAACUCGAAGUCUCAACGCUAAAUGCUCACUGGAAUUAAAGCGAUUCUAUGAGAGUAAAAAGCAUCAAAAGAAACAAGCCGAACGUUUUCAGGACCUUCGGCGAGACGUUCAAGCACUCAUUGGCACCCGCGCAAACAUAAACAUUGCACAAAUCGAAGACUAUGGCGGUGAAACAUUCAUAUCCGAAGAAUUGGCAAUAAAUCUGCUGCAAGAAUCCAAAGCUGCCUUCAAACGAUGUAGACUGUUAUCCAAAGACGAGGAUCUUCCUGCCAAUAUCAUUCGCUUGGCCGACAUUUUGCUGCGCUAUUUAAUGCACGAGCACGUUGAUUAUGCAAUCGAUUUAGGAUUGCAGGCGAUUCCAAUUGCCGAAAGCAAAACAGUGCCUCAAAUCUAUUUCUUUGAUGUGGUUCAAAAAAGCAACACAAUCGUUCAUCUACUGGAUAAAUUGUAUGCAGCUAGUGUCAUACCAUGUGUUGAAUCGACAUCCAGGUACACGGAAUGUUUGACAAAGAAACGGUACAUGCUGGAGCAAAUUGAAAGCAAACUCGAUACCGGGUUGGAUCGUGCAAUCAAUGCACUACUUGGAUGGGUGAAAACAUAUCUGCAAAGCGAGCAACGGAAGACCGAUUUUAAGCCUGAAAGUGACUUUGACACAGUCGCUUCGGCCGCUUGUCAGCAUGUUGUUCAACAAAUCAUUCCGAUCAUAAAGCAAAUUCAGAAGUAUCUGGACGGUGAAAAUCUGAAGAGUGUCACCAAUGAAAUCGGUAUUCGGCUUCAUCGCACCAUUUAUGAGCAUCUCCAGCAAUUUCAGUACACAACAGCCGGUGCCAUGUGUGCAAUUUGUGAUGUGAAUGAGUAUAGAAAAUGUGUUCGUGUUCUAAAUAGUCCAAUGGUGACGCAAUUGUUUGACAUUUUACAUGCUCUUUGCAAUCUACUCUUGGUGAAACAUGAAAAUCUGCAGGAAGUGUGUGGUGGAGAUACACUGAAUUAUUUGGAUAAGUCGGUCGUUUUGAAUUUUAUCCAAUUGCGAAGUGACUAUAAAACAAUCAAAAUAACGAAUUCACUGAAGGGAAUCUCGGAGCAAAGAGUCUAGAUUAAUUUCAAAUUAGAUAAUAAAUAUUAUACGAUUUAUGUUAAUUGCUGUUUCGAAAAAAAAACGCGCUUGAAUUAUUAUUAAUAAAUUACUGUUACUUGCUAAUAAACAAAAA